AUCAAAACCUUGGAAGCUGGAAAUAGAUGACGCUACUCCAGUGAUGCUCAUUGUUCUGCUCCUGUUUUUAAUCCCAGCCAGACCGAAUUUCUGGUGGUUUCGCGACGAUUCCGACCCGGAAAAGCCAUUGACUAGUCCAUCCCUGCUUGAUUGGAAGGUGGUUCACGAGAAACUUCCUUGGGGAGUCAUGCUGUUG